CGAGCUGUCAGUGCUGAACAGUGCCACGUGCCAGUGCACAUCAGUGCCACAUCAAUGCCACAUAUCAGUGUCUACCAGUGCACAUCAAUGCCACAUAUCAGUGCCUAUCUGAGCUGCCCUUCAGUGUCACCCAUCAGUGCCAGUCAGUGUCACCUAUCAAUGCCAAUCAGUGCCACCUAUCAGUGCCAGUCAGUGCCACCUAUCAGUGCGUGUCAGUGCUGACUAUCAGUGCCAGUCAGUGCCACCUAACAGUGCUAGCCAUCAGUGCCACCUAACAGUGCCAGUCAGUACCGCCUAUCAGUGCCAGUCAGUGCCGCCU